AUGAACAGCGUCUCGCUGUUGCCGUAUUACACAGCCCAGAGUAGCUCCAGAACGAACAUGUUCAAUACCAGAAUGGGCAAACUGCAGCGACAGCUGCUCAAGGGAGAUUACGAUAUGUUCAAGUACGCACCCAUGUUUGAGAGCGACUUUAUGCAGAUCACCAAAAAGGGGGAAGUGAUCGAUGUGCACAACCAUAUCCAAAUGGUGACCGUCGCCAUCGUGUGCACCAGCCCCAUCUUCCCCAUUCCUGACAUCAUGUUGCUGGCCCGUCCAGUCGCCCGUUAUGAAGAGCAUGCUGGACGUGGCAAGGCCACCAAGGGGAGAAACCGCAAGGUGGCAAAGACCUUAGAGCUCACCAGGCUCUUUCCCUUGAAGUUUGUAAAAAUUUCUGUUCAUCAUCGUGAGAAUCAACAGCUGCGUCUGAAGUUUGUCACUGGCCGUUCUUGCUACCUGCAGCUGUGUCCUCUCAAAGCACAGGAAGACCUCUUUAUAUACUGGGAGAAAAUAAUUUAUCUCCUGCGACCACCUGUGGACAGUAACAGCGGUACCUAUGCUGUUCCAGCUGAGGACAUGAUAUGCAUGCCUGCCGUUGAGGAAGACAGGACGAGCUUGGCAGCUGCCGAAUUCCAAGUUCCAGGGGACCAAGACCAGGUCAGCAUCAGGAGCCUCCUCACGGUCUCUGAGGUGACUGGGGCCACCUCUGCUGCUUAUGCUGGGGGUAAAGGAAUCCUAGAUGACUCCCACAAACCUACUACCAUGCCCAGUGUAUCCACUGCCAAAGCAAAAUCUACAGAGCUUGCCAAAGAGUCGGCAACAGAGGCAACAGCUGAGGCAGUCAUAGCAGGGGCGGCAACAAGCACCAUAGCAGGCGCUUUCAGCCUGUCGGCAUCCAAGUCUGCAGGCACUGGACAGGUAAGCGCAGCCCUAGCAGGAGCGGCCAGGGGCACAGGACAAACGAAAACAAACAUGGCCAUUGCAGGCACUGCCAACACAUCCCCGAAGGGUAUUAAGGUAGCCGUGGCAGGUGCUGCAAGCAAGUCCUCAGAGAGCAUUAGUAGACUGUCCUCCAGCCUCUCCCCAGAAGACGUGAAUGUGAUGUUUGCAGAAGCAGAAUCUUCCCCCAAGACUGUCAGAGAGAGAGGCAAAGAUCCAGCAGCGGACCCUCUUGUGUCGGCCUUGCCGAAGGAAAGCCACAUGAGUGGACAGGCUAGAAAGCAGCGAGUGUCCCAGGCCAGCACUGACGCCCGUAAGGAAAGAAGGGAUAAAAAGGAAAAGAACAGAGAUGUUGGUAAGGGCUCCCAUCAUCGCAGGGCAGGUGAACGUCGCCGCAAGGCAGAAGGGAACAAGAUGGCCCCCAAAUCAUCCAGCCAGUCCUCAUCCAGCCACAGAGCCACUAGAGAUGAUAGAAAGGAAAAAGGCUGCAGCAGCCCAGGGAGUGGCAGGUGCGGCUCCCCCAAAGGUGUCAGCCAGAAACGCCUCUCCAAGGAGUUAAGGAUCUCUCACAAUUCAGGGAGGAGUUUAUCCAUGACUAGUUCAGGUUCUACAAGCAAGAGGAGCAGCACGAUUGGAUCUUUCUUGAGAAACAUCAAAACAAAUCUUACUGCAAAGUCAGUGGCUGCACGGCACGGCAAAGAUGCGGACAUCGUGACCAAGACGAUAGAGGAGAGUACUAUGGAGGACAUUGUGAUGGUAACGAAGAACAACCAGGGGGUGCUGAUUGAUUCUGCAACAUAG